AUGAAACAAAAAAUUAACUUUCUCAUUUUUAUUAAAAUUGCUAUAUUUAUCCGUUCAAUUUGGAUAUGCCAUUUUUUCAUAGAUAUUAAUACGUUUAACAAAUCCUUGGAUGAAAAUUACAUCAUUAUUGGAAAAUUAAAUAAAAUAUCCUAUAGAUUAUUAUCAAAAUGUAAACAAGAUAGGGAUUCAAGUAUUGUAAAUUUAAUAGAAAAGAUACCAAAUAAUAAAGUUAAUGAAAAAAAAUGUAUAUCUAAUUCUGCAAAAAGCUUUACAACAAAGAAUAAACCAUCAAAUGGAAAUUCGCUAAGGAGUUUAACAUGUCAAAAACAAGAUAUUAAAAAUAAUUCUUAUAUACUUGAAAAAAAAAAAUGUUCCUAUAUUGAAAAAAAAAUAUUCAAAGAACUAGAUUUUGAAAAUUUUCUUAAAAAUAAUAAAACAAUUAGUAAUAGGAUGUACAAAAAAGCAAUGCGUAAAAAAUACGGAUUACGAAUUCUUACACCAACAUUAUUGUUCUUGUUGCUGUUAAUAUUAAUGAUAGUGGAUAUAUCAUUAGGUUUAUCAAUUAAAAAGAGUUUGCUAAUAGCCUUGGUUAAAUGGGAUCCCUUAGAAGUUUUAAGUUCUGGAUGGUUUUUGUCUCUUUUUGAAAAGGUAAAAAGUUUAGAUUGGCUCUGGAAGUCUCCAUUAUGGACGACAAGUGAAACGUUGACGGAAGGAAUGAAGAAAAAUGGAUUAUUAGGGCGUUUAAUUGGUAUUCCAAUGUAUUUUCUACCCUUUCUUAUAUUAGGUGUUACAUUUAUAUUUGCGAUUUUAUAUUACCACCAAAAAGUUAAAAAAUAUGAAAAUAUUAAAUUUAAGAAAAGUUAA